AGCCUCAGCGUUUCUUCUCGUCUUCUCACCAUGCUCGCGGCGGGGUCGGCGGCUGCGGUGACGGGCGCCGGGCCCUCGGGCGCUGCAGCGAGCUCGGAGAAGCAGCCGCCCAGCAGCGGCAGGGACGGGCGCUUCAGCGUCCUCGGCUGGGAGCAGGUGAAGCGGCUGGACCACAUCCUCGAGGAGGCCGUCCCCAUCCACGGCCGCGGCAACUUCCCCACCUUAUCGGUGCGGCCGCGCAGGAUCGUGCAGGUGGUCCGUAGCCGUCUGGAGAAGCAGGGAAUUGCAGUCCACAACGUGAGGUUGAAUGGCUCGGCCGCAAGCCACGUGCUCCAUCAGGACAGCGGUCUGGGGUAUAAAGAUCUGGACCUCAUUUUUGGUGUAGACUUGAAGAGUGAGGACGUCUUCCAGCUAGUGAAAGAUGUAGUGAUGGACUGUCUGCUGGACUUCCUCCCGGAAGGGGUAAACAAAGAUAAGAUCACUCCCAUGACGCUAAAGGAGGCCUAUGUGCAGAAGCUAGUGAAAGUGUGCAAUGAAACAGACCGCUGGAGCCUUAUUUCACUUUCAAACAACAGCGGGAAGAACGUGGAGCUCAAAUUCGUAGACACUCUCCGGCGGCAGUUUGAGUUCAGUGUAGAUUCCUUCCAGAUAAUAUUGGACUCACUGUUGCUUUUUGGAGAGUGCUCAGAGAACCCGAUGUCUGCAAACUUCCACCCUACAGUCACCGGGGAGAGCAUGUACGGGGACUUUGAGGAGGCAAUGGACCACCUGAGGAACCGGAUCAUUGCCACCAGGAAUCCGGAGGAGAUCAGAGGUGGUGGGCUUCUGAAGUACUGCAACCUCCUGGUGAGGGGAUUUAAGCCCAAAUCAGAAGUAGACAUGAAGGCGCUACAGAGAUACAUGUGCUCCAGGUUUUUUAUAGACUUUCCUGACAUUGGGGAGCAGCAGCGGAAGCUGGAGUCUUACCUUCAGAGCCACUUUGUGGGGAUGGAGAGCAAGCGGUACGAUUGCCUGAUGACCCUUCACAGGGUGGUGAAUGAGAGUACGGUGUGCCUGAUGGGACACGAGAGGAGGCAGACGCUGAACCUCAUUGCCAUGUUGGCUGUGAGGGUCCUGGCUGAGCAGAACAUAAUCCCGACUGUCACAAAUGUGACCUGCUAUUAUCAGCCAGCCCCUUACGCCAGCGAAGUAAACGUAAACUACUAUGUAACCCACAUGCAGCCUCUGCUGCCUUGCAGUCACUCCUAUCCAACUUGGCUUCCCUGCAACUAACCACUGACAUUGCUCCAGUCCUUGUUCUCUGGGAAGCAGAGGCUGUACAAUUCAGAAGGAAAAUGGGUCUCUUGCUCAAAGUGUCUUCCUCCUACAUAGGAACAAAGUCUGCUGUAUAUUGUGGGCAAUUGUGCAGUGUUAUGAGUAGUUACCAGAGAUGUUUACAGUAAGAAAAUGAUUGAGUUUAUGUAUGAGGUGGAUGGAUAGGAUUAGGUUAAGAAAGCAGAGCUGCACUACCUGAGAUGCAAGCUGAUUUUCUUUCUUUCUUUAGUACACGAAGCAUUAAGGGCUGUGCAGACUCUGUUUCUGAAGAUAUGCCAGAGUGGCCGAUUCCUUUUAGGGGACCAAAGAAAUCCUAUUCAAGUGCCUGCAACCAAAAAAAGAAAAGAAAAAAGAAAAAAAAGCACUGUACCUUAAUUUUUUUUGUAGGGGGUAGGACUCCCUGUUGGUAGUUCAGUUUGGGAUGUCUGCGAUGAAUAUUGGGGGAGUUUGGGGGUCGCUUGAUCAUUUCUGUUGAGGGAACCGUAGUGGGCCCGGGGGCUUGUAAAAGGAGCCAGUGUACCAUGGCUUGCUGCCCCGAUGGACCAGCUGUAUUUAUUAUCAAUCAGAGGAGAGCUGUGGGGUAGGGUGUGGGUGGGGCAAAAGAAUGGGGUUGGAUUCACAGCAGCAGAUGUUUUGACAGAUGAUCGUGAACACUAAAAGAAUGGGAACCUGCCCCCAAAGUAUUACUCAAUGUGCCGUGCCAAAAAACCCCUAAGAUGUGACUUUCUGAAGGAAAGGAUCUAGAUUAGUGUUUGCUGUAUCAGUACCAUCAGGGGAACGAGCAGGUAUGGGAGUUCGGCAUGAUAUUAAAAUGGCUGGCUAACUUUUAUUAGGAGUUUAAAUGAGCUGCACACAAUGCGCCAACAUGGGCAGAUAAGUCUGUUCAUUUUAGUAGUUGCAGAGCUGAGGUUCGAUCUUGAUCCAGAUGCCCUGGUCCUCUUAAUGAAGGGCAGCAGCUGCCAACAUCAUCCCUAGGCUCUGAAAGCUGCUCCUCUUCUUUCUGGAGGCCUGUGUGCAGCUGCUUGGCUCCAUGUGGAAAAGAUUCCCAAGUUUUGGUACUUUGGUGUUAACAGUGGAAAGGCGGUGGGAGAGAGCUGUUGGUAGCCAAAUUUCUGAACCCAAGAGGCUCUUGGUGUCUUGUUCAAAUGCAAUAGGAAGAGUCAAUACAGAGGCUGCCAGCUGUUGGACCACAACUCCCAUUAGCUCCAGCUAGCAUGGCUUAUCGACUGAGUAGUGAUGGGAGUUGGUCCAGAAACAUCUAGAAAGCACCGUGUUGCCUACACCUGAAAUACACAAGCUUUUGAAGUAGUUACUUGCACAGCACAAUAGUUCUUUUUACUGACGUUUUUGGAUUGCCUGCCAGUUCCUUGUGCAAUGUGUCAGUUCAGGUUGUUGUUUUUAUGCUUUUUUAGGAAGCUGAGGCAAAGAUUGCUAGCUUUUUGGGUAGACCUGCUUUUUUUGAAAGGGCUACAAGAAGAUGUUUCAUGGUGUAUCCUUGAAGGGCGACUGACUUACUAAUCUGUUUCUUUGCAGUAAAGCUGUACCACAUUUGGGCAGGCUGAAAAAAAUUGAAAUAAAAUAUCAUACUUGGAUUGUGUCUAGGUAAAAUUCUGCCUCUUCCUGGGAAACAUGAGCUAGUCUGGCAAGACCAAGCUGGGCUGUUUGUUUGUUUUAAAAGUCUGCUGCCAUGUUGUUUGCUUCUGUCUUGUCACAACUCUGACUUGGCUGAGAAGGCACAAUUGCUCAUCUAAGAGGUCCAAUACUAUGUAAGUGAAGAGUCCCCCUGAAAAAUAAACGGCUCUCAAAGACAUUUCUUUUAUGUACAGUAAAUCCUUCCAUGCUCCAAGAUGUGUGUGGCUGCAGUGUCUAAUGUAAGGGGCUUCACCAGGUUAUUCCUCUUUCACUUGAGGAAAGGGCUGCUUCUUGAUUAUCUCCUUUUUGACAGCUUUCAGUACUUCACAUUUAAAAGGGGAGAAGUGGUUUCGCACUAAAGGAGCACAGCUGAUUAGCAGCACUUUUUGGCAGAAUUGUGAAUGAGAAGCCUAAGUGGUAGACCUGCCUCGUUUAAGCAAACGAACUUUCCCCUCCAAUCCAAGGGCUUGCUGGAGAAAUUUAAAGAAAAUUGCACUUUUUGUGGUGUGCGAAUGCGUGGUGAAAUUCUCACAAAUGGCUGCAUCAAACAAAUGCUGUGAUUCUGCUGUUUCUUUGUAUGCGUGGGGGUAUCUGAAAGAUUCGAAGCGUGUAACACUUUGGCACUUCCAGUCUUGCGUUUGAAUGUGUUCUGCAGCUAUCAAACCUGUCAUGCAGUAGGCCUGACGUAACUUGCUAGAUUCUUUAGAAUCUGUCACCAUAAAUAAAUACAAUGUAUUGAA